AUGGCGAGCGCUUCAGCCAGUCUCGAUGGGACCAAUGGCAGGAUCAGUAGUUGGCAAGGCGCUGGCGCAGCAGAAUUCGACUUGCGAAGCGACACGAUGACCAAGCCUACCCCGUCGAUGCUCGAAGCAAUUUGUCAGACUACCUUGUUGGACGACGUCUUGGAAGAGGAUCCUGUGACAAAUGACCUCCAAGCCUAUGUUGCCGAACGGACCAACCAUCAGAGCGCCUUACUCGUCAUGUCGGGGACUAUGGGCAAUCAGGUUGCAAUUCGGACACAUCUCGUGCAGCCCCCCUACUCCGUUCUCUGUGAUCAUCGCUCUCACAUCGUGUGCUACGAGGCCGGAGGCGUCAGCUCGCUGACUGGGGCCAUGGUGCAACCUAUCGUGCCUAGUAACGGUAUUCACCUUACUCUGGAGGACAUUCAAAAGCACGCAGUGCUCGACGAAGACGUACAUUACUGUCCAACAAAGCUUAUCAGCUUGGAGAAUACCCUAGAUGGCAUGGUGAUGCCUCUGGCCGAAGCUCGUCGGAUUACAGAAUGGGCUCAUCAGAACGGAGUGAAGGUACAUUUGGACGGCGCGAGACUCUGGGAAGCAGUGGUUUCUGGAGCCGGCAGCUUGCCAGAAUAUGCUGGCCUCUUCGACAGUGUGAGUCUAUGCUUCUCCAAAGGCUUGGGCGCACCAAUUGGGAGUAUCAUUGUCGGAUCCAAUGAAUUCAUCAAGAAGGCUCGUUGGUUUCGCAAAUCCAUCGGUGGCGGCGUUCGUCAAGCUGGAGUAAUUGCUGCGGCUGCACGGGUGGCCCUUGAUGAGACUUUCGGACCAGACCCCAACGGUCAGAAGGGUAAACUUCGAGAAACUCACAUCAAUGCUAAGAGAGUCGCCGAGAUGUGGACUGCCCGUGGCGGCAAGUUACAACAUCCAGUACAUACAAACAUGGUAUGGCUGGACCUUGAAUCCUCUGGUGUAGGUCCCAAUGACCUGGCCGAGAUCGGAAAGGAGAUUGGUCUCAAAUUACUCGGAGGCCGAAUCGUUGUGCAUUAUCAGGUUUCCGAGAGCGCGCUCAGCAUAUUGGAGCAGGUUUUCGAUCGCGCUCUGAGUGGCGAAUACCAGCGCAGCACAGAUCAAAGUAUUCCUUAUGGAAUGAAGCAGUGA